UCCCCUGAUGAGGGAAAACGCUUAUUUACCUUUAAAGAGCAGGAAGUGCUAAGUUCUGUUGAGCUUCCUAAAGAUCAUCUCCAAAAUGGAACUGAAGGCUACUUUGUGUGUUCUUCUGAUUUUCCUGACGUACUCGCAAACACAAGCAGACACCUUAGCCUUCUGGGAAAAGGCCAAUGGUUCACCGGUGUGCUUUGGUACGCGAAAUACCCAAUAUGGCGCGUUUCACAUUCCAUUGAGUGGUAAAGUAGCCGCCGUGAAACUGGUUCAUCUGUACGGCUACGUGUCCUGUCACAAACACAACGCUGACAACUGGUCUUUCUGGGGAUGUGGCCAUCGCGUGAAAGAUCUCGUCAAUGUUGUCAUAACAACGUCAGAUAAUCACAUGAUUCUGCCGCCGAACCAGUUCAUCGGGAACAGAGCCGGAAAGUGGUCUAAAAUUCCCGGAUACAAUUCGUUUUCCCCUGAGGUUGUCCUGUCGGUUUUCAACCAUCCUUAUGAGAUGUCGGAGAAGACAGAGUUACGCCUGUGGUACGCUGAGGAUUUGGUGAAUUACACAGAGAGCGAUAAUGGUGGACGCGUCUGCACCGAUGUCUUCGUUCUUUAUGUCUGAGAAGCACUAACCAGACUACCCUUUAAUGUCAUUGUUGUUCACGUUAUAGCUAUGUAUACGGAUAAAUGAACUGUAAUAACGCUCGGUUUUUAAAUUUGUUGCUAUACCUAGCUUAAGUGGAUAGAAAAAAAAUUGAAUUUCAUUGUAGUUUGUUUGGGUCAAUUGUUGUCCUCAUUGAUUGUAUGGCAAUACUCACAUGACAGGGGAGUUUUUAAUUGGCAGAAAUAAAAACAAACUUGGAGCAUUAA